UCCUCCCGACUCUCACGGCGCCGCUAAGUUUCUUCGCUCGGGACCGCGCACUGGGCGCGGGCUGGGCUCAAGCUGUGUGCCGGUUGACCCGUCCUCGCUCACGGAUCCCGGGCCAGCCCCGGGCCCUCCAAGACCAUGCUGUGCAGCAGCUGGAGAAGAUGCCGUCGCUCUCCCGAGGAGCCCAGGGUGUCCGCCCAGGUCUCAGCUCCCCUCGCGCUCCCGCCCUCGCCCGCGUCACCGGACAGCGGCACCAAGAGGCCUGGGCUCCGGGCACUGAAGAAGAUGGGCCUGACGGAGGAUGAGGAUAUCCAAGCCAUGCUGCGGGGUUCCCGGCUCCUCAAAAUCCGCUCACGCACGUGGCACAAGGAGCGACUGUACCGGUUGCAGGAGGACGGCCUGAGCGUGUGGUUCCAGCGGCGCAUCCCGCACGCCCCUUCGCAGCACAUCUUCUUCGUGCAGCACAUCGAGGCGGUCCGGGAAGGCCAUCAGUCGGAGGGCUUGCGGCGCUUCGGUGGCGCCUACGCACCUGCGCGCUGCCUCACCAUUGCCUUCAAGGGCCGCCGCAAGAACCUAGACCUGGCGGCGCCCACUGCGGAGGAGGCGCAGCGCUGGGUGCGAGGCCUGGCUAAGCUGCGGGAGCGCCUGGAUGCCAUGAGCCAGCGGGAGCGGCUAGAUCACUGGAUAUGGUCCUAUCUACACCGGGCCGACUCCGACCAGGACAGUAAAAUGAGCUUCAAGGAGAUCAAGAGCCUGCUUAGGAUGGUCAACGUGGACAUGAAUGACAUGUAUGCCUACCGACUCUUCAAGGAGUGUGACCAUUCCAACAAUGAUCGUCUGGAGGGGGCCGAGAUCGAGGCAUUCCUACGGAGGCUGCUGAAACGGCCUGAACUGGAGGAGAUCUUCCACCGCUACUCGGGCGAGGACCGUGUACUGAGCGCCUCUGAGCUGCUGGAGUUCCUGGAAGACCAGGGCGAGGAUAGUGCCACCCUGGCCUGUGCCCGGAAGCUUAUCCAGACCUAUGAGCUCAACGAGACAGCCAAGCAGCAUGAGCUCAUGACGCUGGAUGGCUUCAUCAUGUAUCUGUUGUCGCCUGAGGGCACUGCCCUGAACACGGCCCACACGCGUGUGUUCCAGGACAUGAGCCAGCCCCUAGCCCACUACUUCAUCUCCUCCUCUCACAAUACCUACCUGACCGACUCUCAGAUUGAAGGGCCCAGCAGCACUGAGGCCUACAUUAGGGCCUUUGCCCAGGGAUGCCGCUGUGUGGAACUUGACUGCUGGGAGGGCCCAGGAGGGGAACCCAUCAUCUAUCAUGGCCACACGCUCACCACCAAGAUCCUCUUUCGAGAUGUGAUCCAAGUCGUGCGCGACCAUGCUUUCACGUUGUCCCCAUAUCCUGUUAUCCUAUCCCUUGAGAAUCACUGUGGGCUGGAACAGCAGGCUGUCAUGGCCCGCCACCUUCGAAACAUCCUGGGAGACAUGCUGGUGACACAGGCCUUGGACUCCCAGAACCCCGAGGAGCUGCCGUCUCCUGAGCAGCUGAAGGGCCGGGUCUUGGUGAAAGGGAAGAAGCUGCCAGCUCGGCACGAAGAUGGCCGGGUGUUGUCUGACAGGGAGGAUGAAGAUGAGGAGGAAGAGGAGUCAGAAGAGGCUUUGGAGGCUGCAGAGCAGAGCAGGCGAGCCAAGCAGAUCUCCCCGGAGCUCUCAGCACUGGCUGUGUAUUGCUGUGCGGCCCGCCUGCGGACCCUGGACCCCAGGUCUGGCCCACCUCAACCCUGCAAGAUUGGCUCCCUCAGCGAGCGCAAGGCCAGGAAGUUUACCCGGGAGACAGGGAACAGCUUUGUCAGGCACAACACUCAGCAACUGACCAGAGUGUACCCGAUGGGGCUGCGGGUGAACUCAGCCAACUAUAACCCCCAAGAGAUGUGGAACUCAGGCUGUCAGCUGGUGGCUCUGAACUUCCAGACUCCAGGCUACGAGAUGGACCUCAACACAGGGCGCUUCCUCAUAAACGGGCAGUGUGGCUAUGUCCUGAAGCCUGCACACCUGAGGCAGCGCAACACCACCUUUGACCCUGAGUGCCCCGGACCCCCUAGAACUACUCUGACAGUCCAGGUGCUAACAGCACAACAGCUGCCCAAGCUGAAUGCGGAGAAGCCCAGCUCCAUCGUGGAUCCUCUGGUGCGCGUGGAGAUCCAUGGGGUGCCCGCCGACUGUGCCCACAAGGAGACUGACUACGUGCUCAACAAUGGCUUCAACCCCUGCUGGGAGCAGACUCUGCAGUUCCAACUUCGGGUCCCAGAGCUGGUGCUGGUGCGGUUUGUGGUCGAGGACUAUGACACCACUUCCCCCAAUGAUUUUGUGGGCCAGUUCACACUGCCUCUCAACAGCCUGAAGCAAGGGUACCGCCACAUCCACCUGCUCUCCAAGGAUGGUGCCUCGCUGUCCCCAGCCACGCUCUUUGUCCAUAUCUGCAUUCAGAACUCUCGAGGGCCUCAUUGACGGGAUCAGUGGAUGCUGGCAUCAUGGCACAGAGCCCUCUCUGGAGCAAGGGACCACUGGAGUCUAGGCCCUCACAUGCCACCUGUCCCGGUCACCAGGUGCUGAGCAUACCUGGAUGCUGAGAGCUGCUGUUUAGUCCCUCAGUGAGAGACAGGACCAUGACUGGCAUCUUGUCCAGUGGCCUAAUGGACUUCAGGAGCCUCCAACCCUGGGACCUUCAGGUGUUUCGGCCAAGUCGAGGAGCAGGACACCUGGCCCUCUGUCCCCAGCAAGGCCAUCUUAGCCUCCUUCCCUGGAAAGAACAUAGCAACCCACGUUGCCUCCUUUCAGGACAUGAGUGGGACCCAAGAGCCUUCAGCUUCCCCUUCAGCUUCCUGGCUUCUUUCCCUUCCUGUCAGCAGGCAGGGAGCGGAUGAACCCUGGGGAAAACCUGGCAGUAUGUUUGUAACUUAAGUCACAGAAGAGCCCUGGAGAGGGCAGAAGAGAAACUGUUUUUAAAAAUAAUAGAAAAGGGUCGGGCGGUGAUAGCUCACGCCUUUAAUCCCAGCACUUGGGAGGCAGAGGCAG